CUCUGGUAUAGCAAAAUGUCACGGGACCGGGGAUAGCUUCAUCUUUUCUCUUUCCGGCAGAGCUUCGCCGUCUGCCAUUCGCUCGCCCUCGUCGCUUUGUCGCUGUGCUUGUCGAACUGCUUAUUCUCGAUGUCGUGAAUUGUUUUUGUGUUUUAUUCCUCUUCCAGCUCUCAUCUUUUACGUUCUCUUCUCGUUUCUACUUCUCACUGCCUCGGACAACACCCCGAGUCUACUGCAGUACAAUAGCGCCAUGGAUUUGCGCAGCAUCAUCAACACCGAAAGCGCUUCCAAUUCUGACUCUUCUCCCGCUGAGAAUCGUCCUCCCGCGCAUGAGCGACCGUCGUUCGCCGCUCCUGCACCUCCCGCGACUCCCUAUGCGUCCUCGCGUGAUUCAUUUGCCGCGUCUGCGCCUUACAACCAUCCUCAACCUCAUCACCAACCGGCCGAACCAUUGAGCUCUCCCUAUACACCGCACUCUGCCAGUGCUGGGGUCCAACAGCACUCACCGCAACAAUCGUUCGCGCCGAAGCGGUCUCAAUCCAUUCAAUCUGUCCUUUCUUCCGACCCUGCUCCCAGCUAUCCAUACCACCCCAAAGAUCACUCUCCAGUCGCCGCGCCACAGCCCUUGCCAUCGCAGCAAUUUUCGCCUCACGCUCAAGGGUCGUUACCAGGAACACCUCUUGGUCCGCCUCCAGCGUUUGCGCGCAGUUCUCCCACCUCCGUGCGCCCUCAGUCAUCCGGCCACGAGUCCCAAACAGGCCAACCCCCCAGUUCUUGGGUCCGGCAAGACUCCGCCCAUAGUCACGAUCAAAAGCCGCUCGUAUCCCCUUCUACGCAAUCGCGUCCUUCCUGGCAGGAUUCGAAACCUGUAGAACAGACCCCGCGACACCACUCAACCGCGUCAGAGAAGGAGCACGAGGAGACUGUAAGCCCGAGGACCGUCGGCACCCCGCGUACUCGUCAAGGAAGCUCUAUAGGACCUGCGGAUCAGGCUGCUACGCUGUCUGCACGGAGUCAUAGCCACAGCGAAGAGCAAGGUUGGAAACAGAGUCCUACAAGGUCCUUAUCCCACUCUUCGCAGCAACAAUCGCAACAAUACCAACAACCACUCGUGGAACCGGAGGACAAGGGUCAGUCGUUGCCAUCACAAAUGGACACCACACCUGAUAUGACAGCAAGUCCCAGUUCGCAGCCGCCCCAGCGUAAGAGGAGACGCUUCAAUGAACCGCCUAUUUAUGCGCAGAAAUCCCACCAUGCCCGCGGAACAGGCCCUGUUAUCAAAAAUCCCCUUCCACUGAUCCCAAAACACAUGCGAAACUCACCAUCUAACCCAUGGUCUGCGCGCGCUCGGUCAUCUGCUGCUAGCGUAUCAGGCAGCUCAGUACGCGCAUCUUCGCAAGGACCGCUCAAAUACCAUGCUGAAGAAACUGCUCCUACCAAUGGCCCCCCUGUACAAGCUGCUCCUGCUUCUGCUCCUGUUGCCCCUGCUGCCUCUACUGCCCCCGUCCCACAACAACCGCAGCCUGGAUCUCUUGGAGCGUGGGAGCCGUCCGUCACAGGGUACAUUCCUCAUGAAGACAUGACCAAAUUGGUGUGCGAUUUCUUGUUCCAGCAUGUCGUUCUUCGAAAUGACGUUGGCGCAGAUCCAACAGGUUCAAGCGCCACUGGCCAAGGAGCUAUCGUUGAGGUAGAAGCCAAAUUGGGAAAGCACAUCGAUCAGGAUCGAAGAGAGAGACUACAUCUACCAGUGAUGACAGAGACUGUUCUUAACAAAGAGAAUUCGCGUUUCCGGACGUCAUUUGAGAGCUCCAUGAGCUUGGCACAACACCGCGCAAUGAACAACUUUCUGAACGACAUCGUCAAAGCCGCCAUGCCCAACAACAAUCCAGGCCGCAUCCCCCUCUCUUACGCCCACAAAAAAGAGCGCGAUACCUUCUACGAAGUCCCCCCAUCCGAGCUCCCCCCAAUGAUCAGACAAAACUUGAACCCGCGCCACCGGCCCCGAGUCCGAGUAACCACUGAUCAACGAACCGGUGAAAUUUUAGCCAAGAUCGUCAAGGUCCGAGUCGCAGAUCUGAACGUCCUCAGCCCGCGGACCUUCGUCGAUUAUCGGAUCAGUGUGAACCUGGAAAUGAACUUUGAUGGCGACCUCAGUCACCUCCCUGUUGUCGAUACAAACUCGGAUGGCGGGAAGGCGCGAGAUCGGAAUAAGGAUCGUAUGAGUUAUCGGCAUUUGGCGUACCAGGUCGAUCUUACGCAGGUUGCCAAAGAGUCCAUGAAAAACGAAUUUGACCACGAACUUGAAGUCGAAAUCUCCGCCGACGAAAUCCGCCGCCAGGGGCAACUGGCUAUGGCCGGGGAUCCCACGAACCAGUACGAAGAUCUUGUUAAAGGAUUCCUGGAUAAUAUACGGGUUCUGGCCAGAGCCAUACCGCCACAAUAAUGUUUUUUUUCCCCCUCCUUUUUGUUAAACCAUUGCAGGCGUCUUAUACAACGUUCCAUUUCUCUGUUCAUGCAUUAUCAGCCGUCGAGUUGUUAUGGGAUUAUCAUGGGUGGCCUUGUCUGGGAUUUUCGUUUAAUUUAAGUUCUUACGUUCUGUAUGUGAACUGUCCUGUACUACGAUCAUAUCCUACGCUUUAUGCUAUUUGAAUUGUAUCAUCUCUUAUUACGGUACUAUCUUCCACAUAUUUCUUUAUGGAUUGGAAAGGAAGUAAUAAGUGUAUCGCAAUCGUCGAUGACCAAG